AACAUCUCAUUUAACUUGUAAAAAAAGUAUCGUAAAGUGUGCCGUGUGUCAUUAUUCUCUAGAUAAACACGAGAAGAGAGAGAGAGCAGGUAUACAGAAAACAACAGGAUUUUUUCAGAUACUGCUUUGGAUUCUGAACAAAAUGGAGGUCAAGCAUCGAACCGUGCGGUCCCUGAUAACCAAGCUGGGUUCCGUGUCGGAACAGACCCGAGCCGAGGCCCUGAGCGAGCUCCGCCUCAUGACCAAGCUCGAUGCCGAUACCCGCCCUCUUAUCGCUGACGCCGGCGCAGUACCUUACCUCGCUGAGACCCUCUACUCUUCAGCCCACGCCGCCCAGGACGACGCCGCCGCCACCCUCCUCAACCUCUCCAUCUCCUCCCGCGCUGUCCUCAUGUGCACGCGCGGCCUCCUGGACGCUCUCUCCCACGUGCUCCGCCACCAUGCUUCAUCCUCUUACGCCUACGCUGUCCAGUCAUCCGCAGCCACUCUCCACAGCCUCCUAAUCGACGACGAGUACCGUCCCAUCAUAGGAUCCAAACGGGAUAUCAUCUAUUCCUUGAUCGACAUAAUAAAGCACUCCGGUUCCUCCGUCAGAUCCGUAAAGGACGCGCUUAAAGCUCUUUUUGGAAUCUCACUCUACCCUUUGAAUCGCAAGACGGUUAUUGAUCUGGGCGGUGUCGGGCCCCUGUUUUCGCUGAUACUGAAAGGAUUUGCUACCGGAGUUGUAGAGGACGCGACGGCGGUGAUCGCGCAGGUCGCGGGGUGCGAGGAGAGCGAAGAGGCGUUUAGGAAGGUAUCGGGUAUCGGGGUAUUGGUGGAUUUAUUGGACGGGGCGACGGGGUCGAGCAUGAGGGUAAAGGAGAACGCGGUGGGGGCGCUGUUGAAUUUGGUGAGGUGCGGAAGGGAGAGGAUAGGGAGGGAAGUGAGGGAGAAAGGGAUGCUGGUGGUGGACGGAAUCACCGACGUGGCGGAGAAUGGAAGUUCAAAGGGGAAGAGCAAGGCGGUGGCACUUCUGAAGGUGUUGUACGGUGGGAACAAUGGGUGUUUGGUGAGAGACGAGCGGUUUGAUUCAUUGCUUAAUCAACAACAGUGUGCGUGAAAUUUGGUGUCUUUUUCUGUAAUGGUAUGCUUAAAGGUGUACUACUGUUAAUACUAGAUAUAAAGCUUUGGUUUUGAUUUCAUUGUUUAGCUUUAGAUGAAUAAUAAUAGAGAAUAGAGCUUCUUCAU